UGAUAAAGUUGUUAGAUUACAUAAACAUAAUUUAAUUCCUCCAUAUGUCUUAAUCUUCAGAUGGACGAACAAGAAUUACGAGCCGAAUUGGAGAAACAAGACGAUGACGAGGAGUUUGAAGAUGCUGCAGAAAAGAUUAAUCUGCCAAGUGAUAUGGACUUGGCAACGUCCAUAUCAGAGACAAGUAUUGCCCUUAAGUUAUUCCUUAAUAACAAAUUUACGGAUGCGAAGGAGAGAAUGGAACCACAUUCGUUGAAGAGUAUGUAUCCUGCUUUAGGUUAUGGAACCAUUUUAUAUCUUCAAGCUGUCAUGACAUUUGACAUGACAGAUAUAGAAACAGCUAUACAGACCAUUAAAAAAUCUGUUGCUGUUUGUAACAGAUUUCGACGGAAAACAACCGUCAUGGGGUCAUUCCGUAAAUCUUUAACCAAAGUUAAUUACAACGAUCUUUCAGAAGAGGAAAUCCAUGCUGAAAUAUGUUAUGCUGAAUGUCUGUUGUUACGUGCAUUACUCACGUUUAUACAAGACGAGAAUUUAAUCAGUUUUGUUAAAGGUGGACUCAAAAUACGUGAAUGUUAUAAAAUAUAUAAAGAAUGCAAUAAAAUAUUAAAAUCAAGGAAAUGGACGGAUGAAGAACAUCGGUUACAUUUUGAGAGUGGAGUAAGGAUGGGUGUUGGUGCCUUUAAUUUGAUGAUCUCAUUAUUACCUGGUAAAGUUAUGAAGUUGUUGGAAUUUGUAGGAUUUUCUGGCAACAAGCAAUUAGGUUUAUCUGAAUUAGAGAAUGGUUGUAAGAUGCAGAGUAGUUUACGAGGACCGUUGUGUUCUAUAGUACUGGUGGCAUAUCAUACAGUUGUAACAUAUGUUCUAGGACUGGGUGAUGGAGAUAUUGAAUUAGCAUCGGAAAUAUUAAAACCAUGUUUAAUGAAUUAUCCUAAGGGUGCUUUAUUCUUGUUUUUUGCUGGUCGAAUUGAAGAAGUAAAGGGCAACAUUGAUGAGGCUAUUUAUAAAUUUGAAGAAUCUAUAGAUUCCCAGUCUGAAUGGAGACAGUUUCAUCAUUUAUGUUUCUGGGAGUUGAUGUGGUGCCAUUGUUUUAAAGGUGAUUGGUUAUUAGCUAUGAAAUAUGCUGAACGAUUAUGUCGUGAGAGUCGAUGGAGUAAAGCCACGUACACCUAUCAAAAGGCAGCUUUUCUAACGAUGUGUGAUGACCAAUCAGAACAUACCAUAGCACAUGUAACGUACCUCUUCAGUGAAGUACCAAACUUGAAACAGAGGAUAGCAGGGAAGUCCCUCCCAUUCGAAAAAUUUGCAGUGGCCAAAACUUUGAGAUAUGCUGAACAGAAAGAAAGAUUGACACUACCAGCUCUAGAAUUAAUCUAUGUAUGGAAUGGUUUUAAUAUUAUCGGUCAGAAAAUGUCUCUGUUGGAUCCCAUGUUGACUAUUAUAGAACAAACAAUUAAUCAACUCCAAAAUAAAAAAGACGAGUAUAUAUAUUUCUAUGAUGACUAUGGAUUAGCUCUGUUAUUAAAAGGUGUAUGUUUAUAUCAUAGAGGACAACUGUUUCAAGCUAAUCAGUGCUUUAUAGAACUUAUUUCAUAG